AUGGAGAUGGACCAAGCAAUGGGCUUAAAUGCAUCGGAAGCAUGGUGUAAACAAACUGCUAUAGGCACGGAAAACUCGAAAGAAGUUCACCAGAAAAUCCGAGUCCUCAACUUUCAUGCCAAGAUAGAUAAACAACCAACAUCAAUUGAUGAAAGCUCAGCAUCUGUGCUAAAAUACAGAACACCUAACUUUAGAGUUACUGCAACCAUAGAGAUGUCACCAAUGAAUGACACACAAAUGUGGAAAGUAGGCUGGAUCCAAGCAUGCACAGACAUGAUGUUUCACAACACUUAUGAUGAAGGAUACACAAGCUGGGAGUUUCCAGAACUGACCAGCGGUCAACAGUCUAUGAUCAGUGAUUGUGAUGGCCAUCAUUAUCCAUGGUAUGGCUCUCGUAAUGAGACUGUCAUUUUUGAGGGACCAUGCAAGAUGUACCAGUCAGCCACCAUUGCAAUGAAUGACAAUUUUCACCCUCAUGUAACCUGGAGAAACCCAGCCAAUCGCAAUCAAGUUGAACCAAACCUAACUCACAUUUGCCGAGACCAGUCGUUUUACGUCUGGCUGGUAGCCUGGAAUAUGUCUGACCACAAGGCCUAUAUUCUGAAGACAGUGCAAUGGAAUAUGUGUCUAGAAAUAGCAGUGGAUCCAACAAAACCAUUAGGUCAAAGAGCCAAGCUGAUCAGUAAUCCAAUGCCAAAGCAACCUGAUGUGUUGGAGAAUAAAAUCCCUAUACCAAGAUGUGCUUUGAUGCCUCCCAAUGCAAACAGUGCACAGUUGUUGGUCUGGAGACCAAAGAAUGGACCUGAGGUGCUAAUUAUCCCCCCUGUUUGGAAAAAAGACAAACCACUGGAAGAUCAAGUCAUUCGCUUUGACAGCAAGCUCUGUAAACUGUGA